ACAGUCACGAUGAAGUUUGUGAUCUUUGCUUUGUUUGUUGCUGGUGCCUACGGGUGUGGCCUGCCCACCUACCCUCCCGUCGUCACUAGGGUGGUUGGUGGAGAUGAUGUUCGUGAGAACAGCUGGCCCUGGCAGGUGUCUCUGCAGUACAAGAGUGGCAGCAACUUCUAUCACACUUGCGGUGGCACCCUGAUCUCCAACCAGUGGGUCCUCACUGCUGCUCACUGCAUCGGCAGUCGCACCUACAGAGUCUACCUGGGAAAGCACAAUCUGAAGAACAACAAUGAGGCCGGCUCCAUUGCCAUCAGCCCCUCCAAGAUUGUCGUCCACGAGCAAUGGGACUCUUACAGAAUCCGUAACGACAUCGCCCUGAUCAAGCUGUCAAGUCCAGUCAUGUUCACUGACUCCAUCACGGCUGCCUGUCUUCCCAACUCUGGUGACAUCCUGCCCCACAAUGCUCCCUGCUACGUCACCGGCUGGGGUCGUCUCUGGACUGGAGGUCCCAUCGCCGACAUCCUGCAGCAGGCCCUCCUCCCUGUGGUCGGCCAGUCCACCUGCACCAGGUCUGACUGGUGGGGCAGCCUGGUCACCAGCAGCAUGGUCUGCGCUGGAGGAGACGGACAGCUGGCUAGCUGCAACGGAGACUCUGGUGGUCCCCUGAACUGCCAGAACCCCGAUGGCUCCUGGGACGUCCACGGUGUGGUGAGCUUUGGCUCCAGCAUGGGCUGCAACUACCCAAAGAAGCCCUCUGUCUUCACAAGGGUCAGCGCCUACAUCCCCUGGAUCAACAAUGUGAUGGCCAGUAACUAAGAUGUUGCACUUCAACAAAUAAAGAAUGUAGAAGUUA